UCUGUUUUUACCGUUUUCUCUCUCUCUUUUUUCUCUCUUUAUAUAUAUGAUCAUCAGGGCCAACUGGGGUGGGUUUCUCACUAUCCUUCUUUUUACAGUCAAGAAUUGAUUUGGAGCUCCUUUCUUGUACUUCUUUUCCGUAGCUACUCUCAGAUAAAAUGUAGCGAAAGGGGGAAAGUCAACUUAAAGUCAGCUGGGAAGAUCCUCAGAAACAACACAGUUUGACAUCUUGGGUUCGACCUUCAGGGCCGGCUUUGCAAAAUAUUCUUCAAAUACAAUGGGCUUGUCCACCCCGAUUUAUGGUGGACCCUGAUUGGAAAAUGGAGGAUGGUUCAGAGAGUCAAGAAAAACAUAUACAACUUAAAAGAGAAUUAAAAACCACUGAAGCAUUCUAUACUUUCAACUUCAACAUUCCUCCCAAUCCAUCUGUUGCAUCAGAUGCACUCGAUUUCGAUGGUGACGAUAGCAAGGUCCCUAUCAUCCCCCUAGAGGUCAUUGAUAAUGAAACUUCACCUGAAGAUGAUGGCACUUCGCUAAUCACAUUGAGCCCUGGUGUAGAAGUUGGAGAAAUAACUAUACAACCUCUUAGCAUCCCUCUAACCCCACAAGAGAACAAAACACCAGAAGUUGGUAAACCUCUUUUACAAAGAGAUGAAGUAAUUGCAGCAGCUGUAGCACUUACUGCCUUGAUGAAGUUUAAGGAGCCUGGGAAUUACAUUGACCUCGAGUUGCUUAUCCAGCUUCUUCGUAACCCUGGUAUGCUCGAGCACUUGAUGAAGCAUUAUGGACCAUCUGUUAAUCAGAGGCCAGUAACAAUCUGCGCUCAACCUCAUGAAAGGCCUUCUGUCCCCUUGCCAGUUUCAAGUCCAGCUAGUAAUGUACAUCAUCCAGCUGCUACAGGAACCACACCUCUCUCUGUAAACUCACCUAGGACCCCUGUCAGUGGUUACAACACCUGCUCUCCAUCAGUCCCAUGUACCAAUUCUAUUCCUUCAGAAGUGAAAAAUACGAUAUGCCAAGUUAGGAAAGCAGAGGUUCAUGGUAACUCAUCAAAGCCAUUAGCAACGAUGAUACCCGGCCCCGGCCCCGGCCCCAACUCUCCCACACUUGACAUGGCUAAAUUUAGGAAGCUGAUUAAUGAGUAUGGAGUCCCAUCAGGAGGUGAGACUCUCACACCUGAGAAGAUUCUACCUGCACUAUCUAGUCCAAGAAGUGGACCCGUUGUGAUGAAGGAUUCAGAAUAUUACAGAAAACUUGUGUCACAACAUGGGAUAGUUCAAGAGAGUCCCAACCCUCAAGGAUCUGUGAAGUCAAUUGGCAUGAUCCCAGUUGAAUCAAAGCCCCACGAACGACCAUGCAUGUAUUAUAAUAGCAAUAAGGGUUGCAGGCGUGGGUCUAGCUGUUGGUUCCCGCACGUGAAUUUGGAGAGAGGUAGUCCGGUUGCCAAAAAUAAGCAGGGUGCCAAAAGGAUGAAGCUUUCUGGGGGUAAUUUUGCCAGACGUACAUGUCAUUGAAUGGGUUGAAAAUUUUGUUUCAGUUUUCAUAAUGCAUUGUGUAGUUUUGCUUUCUCUUACAGGUUGGUCUCAGUUUUUAGCCUUCUUCUAAUUGAUAUAGAAUUUUAACGAUUUUUGAGAUAGUCAAAUGAUAUAAAGUUGCAUAUCUGGAU